UUUUUUCCCUGCCUUUGUUUCGGAAUGUUAGAUUAUGUUUAAUCUAUAAUCUUUGUGUUGAUGGUCCGAAAGUAGUUUAUUUAUUGAAGUAAUUUAAUUUUGUAAUGUGACUUGUUAAUAUGGUUCUAUUGGAUAAUGAAGGCUUUUUGGGAGAGUUAACCCGGAUGUUCCAGCGUUCGAGGAAUAGAGGAUCUGUCUACAUUACCAUGAAGAAAUAUGACGGUCGCACCAAGCCCGACCCGAGGCCAGGGAACAAGCCCCUGCCGGAACCAACCGAGUAUUCCUGUCUGAUGCGAGCGACGUUGCGAAGCAAGAAAAUAGCCACAGUGGUUCACCCUAAAGACAUCAACAAGUUCCAGUUAGCAUAUUGCAAUGUUUUGAAGUCGAAUAUGGAUGGCUUGAAAAAACUGAAAAAGAAGAAGGUUAAAUCGAAAGCGACACAGUGAUAAUUUAAAACUUGACUGUUGGACAAGAUUUUGUGUUCGGGGAAAAGAGGGGGGGGGGGGGGAGUAAAGAGUUUGUUUUUAAUGAUUUUUUUAAUGUGCUCUUUCCAGUUCAACUUCAGAAAGUACAGAAGUAAAAAAAAAAGUAUUUUUAAUUGUGAAUGUAGUUUCAGUGCAUUAUUGUUAUGUACAAAAAAUUUUAAAUUUAGGUAUGUAUGUUCCUAAAGCAUAUGGAACGUUGAUUUUUUAUUUUUUCUUGGCAUUUCAGGUAUUUACUUUUUAUAUGUUUGAUUAGUUAAAAAAUAAGUGGACUACCUACCCUGAUCUAUAUUUCAGGAAAAAAAUAUUCAUAAUUAUAGAUACUUUAGAUACAUACAAACUCAAGUUUACAAAUAUUUAUAAAUGUGGAGUGUGUGUGUCUGAAAUUUGUUUUAUGAUGUACAAGUAGUAUAGCUAACCUAUUUUCUCAUAAAAAGAUGGAUCACCUUAUUGCUUUUGAAGGUCUUUAAUGUCUCCUCCCUGACCACAAAUUUGAUAAAAAUGUGUUUAUGUUGUAAUUUCACCUUUUGCCCAACCUUUUGUACAAAUGAAGUUUGUAACUGAUUGUGUUGAAAAAUGUUGAAAGUAAAUUAUGUUGUGGAUAAA